AUGGCUACUACCUCCAAGACGCUGGACGCGGCGCGUAUCGUGUCUCUUCCGAAUGAUGCAUUCUACAUUCCCAACUUCAUCACUGAAGAUGAAGAGCAGCACUUGCUUCGAAAGAUAUCAACCGCACCCCUCCCCCGCUGGACCCAAUUAACCCACCGACGCCUCCAAACGUGGCCCUCAUCCUUAACCAAAACCAACACUCUCCUGGCCGCUCCCCUACCCCCCUGGCUGACAACACCUAUCAUCGAGCCCAAAUUCAGCACCUUGGGCAUCUUCGCCGAUGCUCCGCACAGUGCACCAAACCACGUCCUGAUCAAUGAGUACCAGCCUGGUCAGGGGAUCAUGCCGCAUGAGGAUGGCCCCGCGUAUCAUCCGCUCGUAGCGACUGUGAGCCUCGGCGCGCCCAUCAUAUUGGACAUUUACGACAAGGAGAGCAAGGGCCAGCACGGCGAGGAGUCCAAGUGUGAGAUGGACCUGGAUCCCAGCGGGAAGAGGGAUCGUACACCCCGAUUUCGGAUCCUGCAGGAGCCGAGGAGUUUGUUGGUGACGCGGGGGCAGAUGUAUACGGAAUUUUUGCAUGGGAUUGCCGAGAAGGUGAUGGAUGAGGAUCUGGGUCCGAGUACGGUAUGUAAUUGGGAGUUGUUGGGCGAGCGGGAUACAUUCUGGGGAGGAUUUUACGAGAGAUCUACGAGGACGAGCUUGACUUUUCGGGAUGUUAUGAAAGUGGCCAAGAUGGGGAAUUCGUUGAAGUUUUUGGGCGGGUCCAAAUGA